GACGACCCAACUCUGUCGCCGAAUUCUUCCUAUUUCUCCCUGCCAAUAAACCCCCUACCCCUCCAUCUUUGCGCUGAUUUCCUUUCAGGCUGUCACGAGAAAACGAGGGUUUGGGUCGAGUUUGUGGACCGGAUUCAGAAGCCGAGCGGACCCUCUCGUUUCCGUUCUUCAGGUUGAUGGGGAAAUCUCUGAACCAUUUUGCCAUGACUGCCAAGGUACUCAACACUUUCACAGUUUUUAAAGUUGAAAAAUCUUUUUGCUUUCUAAACUUUCUCGCACAAGUUCCCUCACUCAAACUUACUUUGAGCCGCGCGCAACAGCUCCAACUUUACGCACAGAGAUUUUACGCACGCCUCGGUUGCAGUGACUGUAGUCUGGAGCACACUUCUAUCCUUCUAAGUAAGUCCAGAUUGAUCUACACUGAAUUCUAGCGUCUGGAUCUCUCGGACAACACCUUGUGCGUCUGAUAAGUCAUUGGUUGUUACAGUGCACCUGCAGUUACAACUACCCCUGUAGUUUGAAAAGUAGCUUCUGAAGAGCGUAAACUCGAUAGAACUCGAAGUUUUUCUUUGAACCAAGUUUAGUUCCCAUUCCCGGAGCGUAAGAUGAUGCGUCCAGUCUGGCGACCAGAUGAAGAGAUGAGAUGAAGAGGAAAGUUGUGUGUGGAGAUUGUGGGAAGUCACUGGAGUUUGGGGAGGGGCCGAAUGGGACGGGGUGGGAGUUUUACAGUAACAAAAAAAAGGUGAUAAUACAUAACUGGGUAUGCAUAUGGAAGUAAAUCUGUGCCAACUGAUUUUGAAUUUAUAAAGCUGCUUAUUUUUUGCAUCAAAAUCAGACUUUGAAUUUCAAAACUAUCAAACUUUUUUUUCACAAUGAUAAAAUAAAUUUAGUGUAAAAAAUCAGUCUCUCAAAAUAUUUGUUUAGUAAAAGUUCAACUUAAAAAAAUGUGUAACACGUGUCAAAAAAAUCAGUGUAAAACAGAGUGACUAACCAUCCAGGUAACCAGGGAGAGCAGUCGAUUCCUGGCUCAAUCAUCCAUCGUCCAGCCAGUCAAAUAAUGCUAGAUUGGUCAUGUGGCACUGACCCCAGAGGAAGAUUGAGGAAUCGAUUGCUUUUCCCUGGUUACUCAUGUGUUUUUUAUUUUUUUAUUGAAUUAUAAACAAAUAAACAAGGCACUUGUAUACCAUAAAAGAAAAUUAUAGAAUAUUUGCCUUAGACUGAGCAUGAAUAACAUCAAAAGAGAAAAAAAAGAAGAAAUCAACAAACAACAUAAACAUAGAAAAAUAGAGUGUAAAAAAAAGGGAAAAAAUCUAUGUUAGAGGACAUUUUAUAUCAAUUCGAACAUUUCUAGUAAAGAAAAUAGGCGUAGGGUUACCCAGAUAUUGAGUCGGUCCCUUUGACACAAUUUUUUUUUUUAUGUUGAUUUUUUUACACAUUUUUUGAGUCGAAUUUUCACUUCACCGAUAUUUUGUGACACUUUUUUUUUUUUUACACUGAAUUUAUUUCAUCAUUGUGAAAAAAAUUGGGGUCAGAAAUAAAAAUGCAUGCUUGAAAUUUGAUAGUUUUGAAAUUCAAGGUCUGAUUUUGAUGGGGGAAAAAAAUCAGCUUUUGAAAUUCAAAUUCAAAAUCAGAUGGCACAGAUUUACUUCCAUAUAUGCAGACUGUUGGGGUUUUUUUUAUGUAUGGGGAUUUAAUUUCUUAUCUUACCUUAGGAGAAGGGUUGAGAUUUGAACACCUCAUGUCAGGUAAGGUAGUAAAAACAGUGGAUAACAGACAAACACAUGCCCCUGAAAAACCUGGAUAGAAUUAAUAUACUUAAUAUAUUAAUAUACUAAGUCAAUUCAAAGCGUAAGUGUCCGCGUAAAACACUCAAGGACAUUGAUUCGUAGGUAAUUGCAAGUUUAAUUUCAGCUGUCCACUUAAAUAGCAGCUUCUUAAAGGCUACGCACUGGCAGUAAAGAUAGGACCUUAAUCCAAGUCCCCUGUAUAGUGAUACUGAAGCACCAGCUGGAAGAAAGCUGCGCCAUCUAUUGGUAAUUUGGAGAAACAUGACAUAGUAAAGUCCUGUUGGAGGGAGUUGAGCUCUUUUCUAUAGCACUAAAUUAAACUAUGAUAUUUUAAUUUUGUUGGUGUUUGUUUCACUUAAGCUAAAAUGGGGGCUUGCUUUUAUAAACGAGAAAUCAUACAGUAGACUGGUUCCAGCACAAUAAUCAAAUGACGUAUGUAUUCCACCAAUAGCAACCGUAGCUUGAAUCUAUAGUCCCGCCUUUAACAGUUCGCUUGUCCAAUCAUAGCGCUCCUUCAAGAGAGGCUGGGCGGGACGGUUACAUCCCCAACAAAGGUAACAGGUUGCAGUCACCGUAUAAUGAACUUGUUGGUGUGUCAAUUUGGAUAGAGUUACCCUUCCAAACCACUUUUGUUUUCUCUGUAUGGACCUUAAUGGAUGUCGGUGAAAAUAUUUAACCUAUCACGGACUCAAGUGAAGCGAAGUUUGAGAGAGGAGCGGGCUGAAAACUUGAGAUAAAGAGGUAACUUUACGGUUGGUUUUUAGUCCUCCUCUCGUAGCCAGGCAGCUAAAAAACCUGACAGACACGACCUGUCAGACAGUUAUGCUCUGUGUGGGAGGUUUUCCAAUGUAGUGAGUCGCUGAUUUGUUUUCUUAAGUUUGUUGUGCAAUAAUUCCUACUGCUUUUGUGUCACUUAUGUGUUCAUGAACGCGUAUUUAGCUCUGAAGCUAACGAGAGUUUGAUGGGAAUAGUGCUCCCAGCUAACGUAAACAGUACCGUGUACUUCAGGAUAACUUGAUAUUCCUGUAAAUGUCGUGUAAAGUAAAUGUUGGAGAUGCCUUUCACUUACUCACAUGUACUUCCAGACAGAUUUUAAGUAACUGCAGGUGAAAUUUGUGACUUUAGCGCUUCAUUUUGAAUAAAAAAAUAUCAUUAAAAAGCAGUUUCUGUCCAUACAGGUACAAUUUUAAUGUCUACUUGGUGCUUUAAAAAAAAUUAAACUAGCCUCAGAUAAAAUUUUAACACCCCAAUAGUAUUUUUCAGUCUUUUAAAGCUCUUGAAUUUAUCCCAAUUACUCUGCAAACCCUUUUAUGUUGUUUCAAAUAGCAGGUUUGCAAUGGAGAGCUUCUCUUCAACAUGAAGUUCCAGUCAGGCAAAAGAGGUGAUGCAGCAAGAAUGAAGUGCAGAUUACAGUUUUGAGGUUUGGUUAGAAGUACAAUAACACAAUAAUCAUAGCAGGGGCCUCUUAAGCCCCUGAAUAUGCUGACACUGUGUCAUUUUGAAGCAGAGUGGACAUUGCAGCAAAAAUCAGACUGGUUGGGUUCAUAUCUCUGCGCGGAGUGAUAAAGGGAGGUUUACAGUCACUGCUGCUGAUAAAGUCACAUACGCACUUAGAGAGUCGCUCUCCACCUGUAUAAGUGAGAAGUACAGAGGGAAACAAGUGUCAGGAAUGUGGGAUAAGUCAGGGAGGGGUGUCUUUAUGCGCUUCUAAUAAUUGUACACUAUUUGGUAACACUGAAGUCUCUCUUUGUAAUGCCAAUGAAGUUCUGUAGGUCGACAAAGAGGGAUAAAUGGCUGUUUGUUUGAGAGUGAAAGAAGAGAGGAGGAAGGUUUAGAGAGAGAGACUGAGGCCUGGUUUUAUGUGAAGAAUGUAAUGGAGAGGGAGAACACCCUGAGGACCAAGAGGCUGCCUGUCCUUUAAAGCACAGGGGGCGUUUGCUACUGUUGUGUUUUUUUUAGUGCUGUUACCUAAACCUUCAAGGUUUUAUUUUCAAGGAUAAUACAGAGAAACUAAUGAAAGACUUUGGAGGUUUAAGAAACAGAAAAGAAGGGUUGAACUACAGUCUUCCAGCAGAAAUAAUCCAAUCCCCAAAUUAAGGAUUUGCUGCCUCUGCAUGAGAAUGAAAGUUUAUUAGUUUACUGACCCAUGAAGCAGUAGUUUGCCAAAAAAUCCUAACUUAGUAGUAUCUGUUCAAACUUUUAACCUCAUCAUUUUCUCCCAUUCGCAUUUCACAUGCUAAAGGUAUGUCAUGAUUCAAAUGCAGUACAUAAGAUGAAUACAAUUGCAGGUUUAACUAAAUGCAGCACAUGCAACAUCGCACAUAAGUAGUACUCAAAGUGCCCAACUAACCAGCUGUCUUAGCUGCUCCCGUCAACUGUAUAAUUUAGAUCUGAUCAUGUAAACCACGCUGACUCUGAGUAAGCAGAGGUACUGUCAUGACUCCAUUGCCGUCGUUCAUUUCCCCGCACACCCGCUCUAAUAUCCUAAUUAUAUUUUCCAUCCCAUCUCUGAUCUUAACAGGGUAGCUGCUUGGAUUCAAUUUACCGUGCGAAAAUUCAAUUUAAGGCCAGAGGCUGCAGGUCCGUCAGCAUAACUGCAGACGGGAAAGCAUUACAGGAAAAAAAAAAAAAAAGCACCAGUGACACUCAGAUUGGGAUUGUUGUUUCAGUCACAUAUUCAAUGUUUAUUCUUCUAUAGCAAUAAAAAUUUGGUAUAAGGCAUUUGUUUGAAGCCCCUAACCUGCUGGUAAUAUGUAAAGGCUGCAACUUUUAAUUUCUGAAUGUACCCAAAAAUAUUUACCCCCUUAUAACUUAACACAAGUUAUUUGCUUUGUGUAAAAAAAACACAAGCAAGUUAACAAAAUGACUGACAAGAACUCUGUAGCCAAAUAGAUAAAGAACUUGUUUGCUUUCUAACUUUCUGCAUGAAAAAUGAUGUUUAUUUUGAAGCGGUGUGAGAAACUGAAUUAGCUGAGGGAGCAACCUUCAAGUAGAAGAAUUGAAACAAACUUGUUAUAAGCAGAGAGAUAGUGUUGGGGUGGGAAUGACAGAGCAUGGGAUGAUUUUAGAAUUCCCAGAAUUGCUGCCCUCAUUUUCCGCCCCACAUCAGUAGGACAAAAGCAUGGGUUCCCCCUCACCCCUGCUGCUAUGGGAGCCGGGUACGCAUUCUUCCAUCGUGACGUAAAAGAAAUGAAAUUAUGAAAAGAUGCUGAUAAACACUUGGCUCUCCUAGACCUCACAAAUGGCUGUGCUUCAGAUAAUCAUACUGCCUGGAAUCAAUGUGCAUUGUAGUUUUUGUUUCUCGUAUGCUGAUCUGUGGUAUUUUUUAUGUUUGCUUGACCUUGCUGUGAAGACAGUAAGCUGCAGACUUUAUGCUCAACUGCACAAAUGUUUUGUGACACAGCGCUUCCUCUGUGGCUCCCACAGGGUGGGAUAAGAAUCGACCUAACUGAGCACGUUUGAUGGGCAGGUCCUCCUGUUGAUGAUGCUUCUGCACCACAAGCACACAGAUAUACCCUCAAAGGUCCUUUGUGUCAUGUUGCUUCACUCAGUGCGAGCUGUGACAUUCGUUUUUUACCAAUCCUCGUCCCACAGAAAAAGAGAAAACUUUCACAGCACAUUCAGGACUCCGAGCUCACCAUGCUGACUUAGAUCUUACUCUAUUCUUCUGAGAAAGGCUCAGCUUGAUUUUGGGCUGCGUCAUCCAGCCUCCAAAAUCUGUUGAGAAAAUCCAAAUGUGUUUGUUGACUUUCAAUAAUGUAUGAAAGUGUGUGUCAGAGCAGGACAGAGUUUUCUUUUUGAUGGAGACUGUUGUAGUCACUCCUUUGUGUGCUGAAAUUUUAUCACACAGGCCACUGAUAAGAGAAGAAAAGCUGAGCACGUCUUUUCACUCUGCUUCCCUCUCUCACCUCACCCUCCCUUUCAGUCACUUGGCCCACUUUCUGUCUCUCACCUUGGAAAGCUGAGAAAGGAAGUAAAAGGUGCAGAGGCCAGGGGGGGAGUGCUGUAAUGGGUUUGGAGUGUGUUUAAUGAACCGUGCCAGUGUAAUAACAUGUGGAUGAAGCCUCACAGUGUCACACAAGGCGUGAUCAGCUGGUGAAUGGAUUAUCAGGAAUGUUCAGUCCCGCUCUAGAUCAUUGCCAGUGACGAAUAAGGUGGAUUAGAUACUAUGUAGUAGGUGUGAUCAUUCCACAUAGAUUACACAUGGUUUCAGAGUUGCUCAUCAGGAGUUAUCAGGGUAGAGUUAGAGGGAAGAUCAGGGAGUCAUGAAAGACAAAAACAUUCAGAGGAAAUAUAUGAAGAUAUCCUGACUUGUUGCUAUGGUACCCAUUUGCUUUCGAACAUUUGGUUCUAAAGAGGAUUAAUGUCUGUGUGAGAAACUUCCAGGAGUUUGGAAAAGUUUUGAGGAAAGUGAUACUUUAGUGGGUGUGUGCUUUCAGGUUAAUGACUAAUGGAGUGCACUGAGGCUAAAGUCCACGCAAGCAGCCAAGAACCAGAAAGCAAGUGUUUCUCUGCAUUUGUGUUUGUUCAGAGCGAGGCUGCGUCUGACUUCCAUAGUUUUGACUUGUUUGUCCAGGUGUUGAGGUACUUUUAGUUUGGUGUCAUAAUUUGAUGAAAGAGUUGUGGUGCAUUAACACGGAUAUUGGUCACUGUGACAGUUAUCUGCUUUUGUUAUUAUUAUUAUAAUUACUUGAUUUUAAGUUUGAAUUGUGUAAUAGAGUCUGCUGUUGUGAGUUUCGCCCAACAGAUAUGAUAUGGGACAAUAUUGGUAUCAUAUUUUCCUUUGUUGUUGUUGAUUUUUCUUAAAUGUGAUGAUGAAAUUACUACAGAAAUACUUUGCAAAACACGGAGUGAACAUGACUUUAUAUGAAUGUUAAUUGAAUUUACUUACUAAUCUACUGUUAACAUGAGUAAAAUUAUUUUUUUUGUCAAUGCUCCUUUAAAAAGGGUAAAUAUCAAACAUAGAGAAAAUAUAAAAAACUAACACACAGAAACAAAAAAAAGAAGCAGUACUACAACUAUCUGUCCAUUAUUGUGUUAAAGUUAGCACACUGAGAAAGAAAAACUAUCUGACUUAACGAAGCGGUAAGUGACCUAAAAAGAUAUUAUAAUGAAGGAAAGGUAAUGAUGAUAGUGAAGGAGUUAUACAGAUCAUACAGAGUGAGUAAGACUCUUCUUUGUGUUGUCUUACCUUUUAACCGAGUUUAAUAUGUGAAACCACCACCUACUUCAAAACAGUCCCUCUGAUUCCAGGCUUAGUAACUCAUCCAUGAUAUCCAAUUAGACUUCCUGCAACACAUACAAACAUUACAUUAGUAUAUUAAUUAGGGGUGUCCUGAAGCAACUUUUUUACUUCCAAUACGAUACCGAUAUUGUUGCCUUCAGUAUUGGCUGAUACUGAUAUUGAUCCGAUAUUGGCACUAACUUGUGCAUGACAGUGUCAACAGUUGUCAACGAGUUGAGGUUUGGUCACUGUUUUUAUAGGUUUGUGACCAAUCCAAUGUGCCGAACACAGAUAGAAGAUAAAUAACCUAAACAGAACCUAAACUAACCAAAUCCAGAUCUAAUGGGCGACAAGUUGCUCUCUUCCAACAGCAUAAUGUGGAGCCAAAUAGGACAAAAUAUUUGAAUACUGUUUGAAAAGUUGAGCAGGAAAUACUAGACUAGAGGAUGUAAAUUACCAAUGCCAGAGUAUCAGAAUGUGUAGCCUGUCAAUCUGGUUUAGAAAGUUAACAAAAGUCUUAAUUUUCUUGAAAAGGUCUUUUGAGUUUUAUCAAUGUGAAUUUGGUCUGAAAAGGGUUAAAACUGUAUCUUUGCCCUCUUCUCUCUGUUCUGUUUCCAGCAUGAGCGCCCCAUCCUCAGGCAGGAAGACCCCAGUGGACCAUGGCGUCCAGAUCCGCUUCAUCAAUGACCUCUAUGACACUAAAGGGGGCCAGCCUGGGUUCCAGCCCAAGAAGACCAAGACCUCUAAAUACGGUGUGGCAGUGAGAGUGCAGGGCAUUGCUGGGCAGCCAUAUGUGGUCCUGAAAGACGGAGAGAAAGGAGACUCUUACGGGGUCCAGCUCAGAACGCACUACCCCGCUAGUUACAGUAGUCUACCCAGGAGGAGAGAGAGCACAGGGACUCAUGGGGCAGAUGCUGGAGGAGAUCAGGGUGGAGCACUACGUCGGGCGCAGUCUCAUGGCUCUCUGCUGGACAGGGAUGGAGAGGGAGGGAGAGGCAGUGAGGAGUUUCAGCUGUCCAGGCCACCGGGGGACGGGAAGUCUGGGAGUUAUGGGAACUUGGAUGGAGGAAUUGGUAUGAGGGGGGAGAGAGAGCAGGCCCGGCAUGUUGGCGAUAGAGAGGAGGAGAGGAAUCUAUGGGAGGGUUCGUACAGAGCUGGGCUCAACGGGUCAGUGGGGUCAGUGGGGUCAGUCAGAAGUGAUCAGUCUUACCCAGAUCCUCCUCAACAAACCCAUCCCUCCAAUCAGAAGCAGACUCCGGUCGGCAGACUUAUCAACAGGUUUGAUGGUGGAAACAACGGAGGCCAAGAUCCCAGAGCAACAUCCCCUCUCCUCACCCCAAACCCUUACCACUCAUCUCCGUCCUCACCUCACAGUAGCCUGGGACGUGGCCAGGAUUCUUCCUCUGCGUUUCCUGCACACUCAGCCAAUCAGUGGACUUCACCAGGAAGAUACACGUCUGUGGAGACACCGCAGGCCACUCUGACUGAGGCACAAGUAAGAAUAGAAAUGAGCUGUAAUGCUCAGCUGUUGAUUAUUUUAGUUAGCUCCAAACACUACAUAGCAGGCAAGAUUGCAAGAGUAGUUUUCUGAUCUGUAUCUUAAGGUGACCCCUGACCUUUUGCUGGACCAGGGCCAGGGUGCAGAGAUGAGCAGUGAGGAGGAGCAGGUCAUGCAGACGAUAUACAACAUCCUGAAACAAGGGUAUGGCCUCUGACAAAUUAUCCUGUUUGAUCAAAAUGUAAAUAAACACAGUUGUUGUUGUAAGUGCUGGUACUUGAUCGUAAAAAGUGUGAAUAUCUUUGACAAAAUCUUUCCUCAGGUCGAAUGAGAGCGAUGUUGUGACCAAACACAAAGCGAAAGUCAUUUUUCAGAAGAUUCAGACUCUACAGGUUUGUCUUUUUUUAUAUCUACCUCUGUGUGCUGUGACUUUUCCCACACUCUAUCAUAUUUAAGGUAAACUGUUGUUUCAUAAGUGUGCCCAUAUUUAUCUUUUCUUCCAACAGCCUAAGGACAGGGCGCAGGAGGAGUGGACGAGAGAAAAGAGGGAUCUUGAAAGAAAGUUGGCCGAACUACAAACUGCACUACAUGCAGAGAGAAAGGUGAGAAAAGAAAAACACAAACGAAGGUGUGAGGCAGGGCUCGACAGUGUGAGCGUUUCACUCGCAUUUGCAACUAAAAAUAGAUGUAUGCGAAUUGUAAACUUUUUUUAGGGGCACAUGUGCGCAUAAAAAAAAUCAGCCGAGGCAACAAAUGUUUUUUCAUGUAAAUACUGCGUGAACGGUUUUCAGUUGGAUAUUCGACGGACAUGCACCGCUAAUCUACCGGUGUCUUCUCAUUCUCCAUAACAGGGAAUAGCAACAGCAGCACGGUUAAAUCUGCUCUUCACCCUCGCUGUCAACGUCAGGUGUUGAAUAAGGGACCGUCAAUAAAUUACUGGUUGAUGUUCUCAAAAAAGGCUGUUUUCCUUCAAUAGCUUCCAAGUCCAAUUGACCUAAAAUUGAUUUCAAAUGAUAGUACAAAGGUCGGACGAUAAGACACACUCUCUAUUUCCCUAAUUUGUUCUCUAAAAAUGUUUGUGUUAAAUUUAGAGGCAAAUUUUCAACAUUUUCUUCAAGAGCUUCCAUUACAUGUGACCAAUUGACCUAUCAUUGAUUUUAAAUAAUAGUACUUAAGUCGACCAGUAAGACAAAGAUUAUUUGAUCAUUUUAUUGUGCCCCUAAUGUUCUUGUGUGCUUCACUUUUUCAACUUAUGCUCUUCUGGAAAAGUUAGUGUCAAGCCCUGGUGUAAGGGCAUUCGUAGUGAAAGCAAAUCCUUUUCAAGAAUGUAGAAAAGACAGCAUGUGUUUCAAACAGGUGCCCAGUAUAAAAAAAAUAUACAGUUUCCUGUUUUCAUUUUUCCUCACAGGUUCAAAAGCAGCUAAAAAAUGUGAGUCAUUUUACAGCGAAGCAGAGCCGAAAGUAGAGAGAAAAAGGCAUGUUGAGAAUGUGUUCUUGUGUUUCCAGAGCUUUGGGUUUUUGGACAACCCACCAAACCUCCUUAAGUUCUCUCUGCAGAUUGGAGUAGCCUGCCACGAAAAGAUUUUGACGUCCAGAGAUUAACCUGCCACUUCGAAUCAGCCUUAAAUUUAUGGUGAACUUUCAGCGCCAACACAUAAACACUCAUCCCAGCCCUUGCAAAGUGGGAGCACUUUGCACUAUCAAUCGAAGGAAAAAGGCCGGCUGGAGUAGCAAACUGUCCUCAGAGUUUCUAUGUCUUCUAAACUAAUCUCACCAGGAGGGCUGGGGGUUCCUCGGAGUGCGCUCCAGAUAAAUCCUCUGAUUAAUCCCUAAAGCUCUCUGGGCCAGUCAAAGGUGCACACACACAAUCAUCUAACUCUAAUAAUGACUCAUUAUAUGUUGGUUUAAAGAAGGUGGGCGGGCCUUAAUCUCUAAUAGCCCCUAAGAACUUAAUCCCUUAUGCAUAUUGAUCGGUGGGCAGAUGCAGGCUCUCUGUAACAUUUCCUCAAAGCCCAUUGUUUAUCCCACCAGAGCUUCCUGAUGUCUUAAGUUUCCCUGCUCUCAUUUAUUCAUCAUGUCUGUUCUCGCGCAGGACUCUGUUAGCAACUCUGAUCCCACUCUGAAAGCUGAGCUGGAGUCCUGUCUGGAUGAAAACCUGCAGCUCCGGGAGACGCUGGACCGGAAGGAGCAAGAAUUAAAUGAAACACAAUCAGAGUGAGGGCACAGAAGCAGACAGUGCACGCAUUCAAACACAGUCACAUUUACUGAGGGGAGAGCAGGGAGGGCCGUGGUACCAUUGUCUGUGAGUUUUGGUUGACCAGAGCAAUAGAGGAGCAUGACAAGCCCACUUUGUCUUCAAGCGCACACCCCUUACAGUUUUGUUACUUUAACUAAUUCACAUGACACACAAGUAUGCCAGGGUCAGCUGAGUACAAUUAGUCAUUAUAAUGUGUGUGUGUGUGUGUGUGUGUUUCCCCGCAGGCUGACUCAGCUGCGUAUGGACAGGGAGAAUGCAGAGGCACGGGUCCGAGAAAUGGAGGACCAGCUGGCUGAGUUUCAGGAUGAUCUGAGGAGAGACACCGAAAACAAGACGGUACCUCAGAAAAUUUCACAUUGAAUCAAACUCAGAAGAGACACACAGGAGCAAUCCACCCACCCCCAACACUGGAUAUCUCAAUAACAUGUGACCUCUGCUCCUCUCUCUGUUCCUCAAACAUGUAUUCAAGUCCCACUCCGUCAAGUGUUCUCAGUGGUCUUUAAAUUGUGAUUAUGAAGUUUUUACCAAAAAUCGCGUUACCUGUGUUUCAAGGGCUUUUCUUCUGCAGAGCUCUAGUUGAUUAUUCGCAAUUCGCCUCUGAGUCGUGGGCGGAGACAGCGCUGCUCUGCACACUCCUCAUCAUGUUAGUUUGCAGCCUAACAACCCUGCCAGUUUAGUAGAAGUGGCAGGUAACAUAGGAGUUAUUCAGCUCUCAGACACUAAUGUCUUUAGGGACACGAUGAAAGCUAAUAUCAUAAUUUGCAAUCCCCUAAAGCGCACACUUGUUCCAUGUUCGUCCUCUGUAUUUCCCCUCUAUAUGCAGAGUGCGGCCUGCAUAGCAUGGCUCUGGGGGCGGAGCUUGGAUUGGUUACAUAUGAAAUCUCACUGUUUCUGAACCUGCUGUUUGGGUCUGCCUGAGAUUCACAGUGAUUUGAAUGAAGAAAUACUCAGAAAAGCAAUUUUGCAUUUAGUUUUCUUAUGUUCUGUAGCAUCAGAAAAAUGCCAUAUUAACAUAUAAAAAACAAGAAAAACAUGAUUUUCAUCGGAGCGGGCCUUUAAAGAUUUUCAAGAUAAAAAAGCAUCUACCUCUUAUAACUGCCAAGAGAAGCUGUAUAGACUUUGUGUAAAUCAAAGAUUCAUGCUCCUCAGUCUGCUGUAUCAUGUUAAUACUGUGUAUUACCUCUGUGUGCAGGAUCUGAUGUCUUAUCAGGCGCAGCUGAUGGAGGUUUGCCAGCUGAAACAGAAGCUGGAGGAGACGCUCAGACAGAGGGAGAGGGAGCUGACAGCCCUGAAGGGAGCGCUGAAGGAGGAGGUGGCCACACAUGACAAAGAGAUCGAGGCGCUGCGGGAGCAGUACAGCACCGACAUGGAGAAGCUCCGCAGCAGCAUGGAGCAGGUGUCUCAGGUGUGUGCACCGACACCGCAGCCAAUUCAGCGACACUAGGAUUUAGUUUUGGAAUAAUUCAAGUUAAAAAAAAAAUUGGCGUACUUAUACCAUUAGAGUUUCUGAUGACAAUUUUUCUCGCCAAUCAGGAUUUUGUUUUAGUUUUGACAAGUUUAGGUCAGAAACUGUAUAUUUUGUUCAAUAAGUUUGGUCCUUUUUGAAGAAAUUUUAGAGAACAUGGUAUCAAAUUGUAUAUUUAAAAUAAAUUACACAAAUGCAGAAUUAUUUAUCCAUCUGCAUUUAUUUACAUAUCUGAAAGCGAGUAAUUAAACAAGCUUUAACUUUUCUGCGUGAUGUUUUUUAGUCGCACGCUGGGAUCGAGGCGGAGCGUUUGCGUGUGAACGCGUCCGUUCGCUCUCUGCAGCAGCAGUUGGAAGAGUGCAGAGACGAAAGCAGCCACUGGAUGGAGCAGUUUCACGCAACCAGAGACGAAUUACGCACAACUAAACACGAGUGAGUCUGUUCAGACAGAUCCCACUGUUCACAAAGUCUUUGUUAGUGUUACCUACAUGGAUUUGAGAUUUCAAGUGCUUGCCAGGCUGUGGAUUUUGUCACCAUCUUUUCUUAUUUUGUCUCUGUGCUUACUCUGCUACUGUGUCCAUCUCUUCUCUUUCACUCUACCUGGUUAUGUUUCCCCCCCUCUCUGUCAGAGAGCAACCCAGCAGCCCUGAAACACCGUGAGAGUCACUAAUGAACAGCAUUGACGUUUAGAUGUGCAGACCUGUAACACCUGUAGACGCCUGUAGAAGUGAUAGUUCUGCUGCUAACAAGUGUCUGUCUGUAGUUUGAAGGUCAUCCACACCUACAUCAUAAUCCAAAACUAUUUAAAGCAUCUAGAUGAUUCAAGUUUAGAUGCAGACAGCACAUGAACCUCUCCACCCCAAAUUUAUGACUCCUGACGGGAAUGUGGACCUUAUUUAGUGCUGCAGUCUAACAGAAAUAAUCCUGACAGGCAGUCACAGCCUGGAGCGCCAGGAAGUGCCGCUGAAACAGAAGAGUGGUGUGGAUGGUCUGAAAUCUUCUGUUUAGAGAACGUCUGGUGUUUUCUCUGAAGAUAUCCAGCUUUUUUAUGCUAACUAGAAAUGCUGAUUUUCUUCCUGAAAUUUCAAGAUUGACUGUCUCAAAGUAGAUUAAGACCACUUGUUGUGAUGCACUUACACAAUUUAACUGCUGAUCAUCUGUAAACCUGAGUUAUAAUGCCUCUAAAGGGUACGUUUUGUUUUGAAAAAACUUAUUUAAUCCGUGUUUUUAGAUUCCUACAAGCCCGACUGGAAAAAGAGGAAUUCGAGGAGGAACUGAAGGACCUGCAGGAGAAAAUGAGCGGCAUGAAACAACAGAUACCCGACCCAAGCGCCACACAGACCCUCAGUCAGGUACAGUAAACAACCUCGCACGAUCAGUGAUGCACAAGCAAAGAAAUGAAGCUCUUUUAUCAUCCAGCUGUUCACGUGUCUCUUUAGGAACUUCAGCGAUGCAACACCGACCUCCUUAAGGCGAAGUCUGAGGUGGAGAAGCAGAGGACAGAGUUUGAUAAGAAAGUUAUGGAGGUCAUUUCUAUUAAAAAAUCUCACCAGAACCAGGAGGCAGAACUUAGGUACGAGAUUGACAGGCUGAAGGACCAAUUACAGAGGGCUAAAGAGGACUAUGCAAAGGUUCAGGAGAAGAACAAACAGGUUAGUACGGACCUUGAAAGACUUAUUUAGAUUUGUUCGAUCACAGCGAUGAAAACUCAAACUAUUACUAUUACGUGAAUGAUUAUUGUGUUUUUAAAUCAAAUUCCUGUAGCUCCCAAACCCAGCUAUCAUCUCAGAGCUGGAGCAGAAGCUCGAUGAGUCGCGACACGAGGCAAACCAGCUCAAAGAGAAACUCUCAUUGGCUGAAGAAGAAGUGAAGUCCACUAAUACACGUUUCAGCAGAGCGCAGUUAGACAUUAAAUCACUCGAGGACAUCCAGCUCGAGCAGGAGGAGGCCAACACACGUCUCAGGGAGAAACUGUCACGUUUAGAGGUGGGUCAAACUCUGCGGCGCAUUUGAAGAAUUAUUCUGUUUAGAGAAGAAGUUGUGUUUUAGAAUAAUUGAGUAUCUUCUGCGGUUUCUUCAGGCUCAGCUGCAGACCAACGUCACAGAGAACUCCGAGGCAGAGCUCGCCCUCCACACUGAGGUUCGCACACUGAGAUCUGAUCUGGAUGAAGGCAAGAGAAAAGCUUCAAGACUGAGCCAGGAGCACCGUGAACUGAGCCUGCGUCUGGAGGACACGGAGAAAGAGAAGGAGGCACUGAAGCAGACCAUCAACCAGCUGGAGAACACUGAGCGUCAGCAGGGAAGUGCUCUGGAGAAAAUCAACAAAGAGGUAAGAAAAGAAGAGCUUGAAAGCCUCUGCAGUCUGGAGCGUCUACACAUUAGAGGCUUCAAAGCACAAAAACAUUCACCUUGUUUGUUUGUCUCUGUCAGUAUGAGUCCCUGGCAAAGUCCGCCAAAGCAGAGACGCAGGCUCUCAGGGUUCAACUGGAGGAGCAGAAAGAGAAGGCACGCAAAGAAAUACUGGAGGUGCAACGUCACGGAAACAACGCUCAGAGCGAAGUGGAGAGAAGCCGCACAAAUCUGCGCAGACUGGAGGAAGAAGUGAGCGUUUGGUUACCCGCCAGCUCGCUUGCUUGUUUGGCCUGUUUGUUGUUUUUAUUAUGAAAAUGAUGUCCGACACAAAUACCUUCAACAGUUGUGACAGAUAAUAUUCAGGAUGCACGCUCAGAUGAUCGUACUCAUAUAUUUGCAUGGAAAACAUCACAAUGAUGAUCAGUCAGUCUGGCAUUUCUGUUUCUAAUAUCAUGAUAAUUCUAACUAGAUGUCACGACACAAGAAGGAGCUUCUGCUGGCGUGUGAGGAGAGGGACAACCACCAGCUGGAUAAAGAGCUGCUCUCCAACAGACUGCGCCACCUGGAGGGGGAACUGGAGGCUGGAAAGAACAGCCUGAAUGAGAAAACUCGGGAGAUUCGCAUCCUGGAGGUAAGCGACAGAAGAAACCACUUGGAGCUAAAUAGCAGCCAUGUUUACAUGUGCAAAAUUUCUUGAUCUGAUUAAAAAUUUGAGGGAUUGGAGAGUCUGAAUCCAGUGUUUAUACGGGUGCAAAACCAAACAAUCCAAUCAUGACGUGCGUUUACAUGCACCAAGCUUUAUUCAGAUUAGAAGCAUUUGGACAUGCGCACAGUUGUCUGAUUUCACUAAAACAACCGCAGAAGAAGAGUUGGAUUGAUGCCUGUGCUGUCAACAAAUCAACAAACGCGUUAGUGGCUCACCUCACCCAAUUCAAUGUUGUCGUUAGAUGGCGCCCUUGUGUACUUAUUGUACUCUCCUGUCAAAGGUCGCACUGUGUGCAGAUGUGACAUCAUUAUGCUGUAUGUACGCCUUGUUAUGGUAACGGAACGACAGACAUGGCACCUGCGCUUGUAUUUUAUGCCAAAGUGUUAACAAUGAAACCUCCUGUACUGACCUCAAUAAAUAAAGAGUGAAGACCGAGUCAGGGAAGAGAGUCACGAUCGGAAUAAGCGUUUACAUUGACGCAUUUCGGAAUAACGAGCGGCAUAAACCAUCCCUUUUGAUUGGAAUACAAUUUCUUUCCGAUUGAGUUAAACUGGAUCAGAAUCUUCCGAUCAACAUGUUUACAAGACAUAUUUGUAUUCUGAUUAUUUGUGCCCAUGUAAACACAGCUAGUGACUACUGUCUGCAUGUUGUUGUUGUAACAGCUUUGCUUUGUGUGUAGAGCUAGAACAACAGUAUUUGUAGAUCAAACAAAACGGUUCAAUGAUAGGCGUCUAGUGUGAGUGGGGCUCUUUGAAGUUAGUGGGCUACUUUCAGAAUAUCUAAUGAACGUCGGUGUCUCGGUGUCUCGGUCAGGACAAGCUGAAGCGUCAAGAGUUGGAGAUGGAGGAGGAGAGAAACAAUGCAGAGAUGAUGACAGACAGGGUGGCCAGGAGCAGAGAUCAGAUCGACCAGCUCCGCUCUGAGCUCAUGCAGGAGAGAUCGUCCAAACAGGACCUGGAGCUGGACAAGAACUCCAUGGAGAGACAUGUGCGUCCACACAAACUGUCUUAGUUUUUUUACAUAUUACAUGACAAUAAAAUUCUGAGUUCUAUCUUGUAACAUGACUUUUUAUGUCCGUCCCUGCAGCUGAAGGAACUGAGGAGUCGUUUGGCUGACAUGGAGGGCCAGUCUCGGCCCUCAGCAGGAAUGUCCCAGCUGGAGAGCAAGAUCCAAGAACUGGAAGAAAACCUCCGCAGUGAAGAAAGGUACACAGCAACAGAUGGACAGCAGUUCUUCAUUCCGGAUCACAUUUUUCCUCUCUUUUGUUUGCGUUUGAUUUUUCUUCAAACAGUUAAGCAUCUAAAAGGUUGCGUCACUGAACCAUAGCGGUGGGACCAAUUUAUUCUACCGCUGUUCCUGCAUUAGAGGCUGUAACCAAGGAAUUACAGAGACGAGACAGGAGGAGAACUGUGAGCCGGUGGAGCAGACAGGGUUAUAUGUGUGUGUUUGAAUCUCCUGCUGUGUGUCAACCUCGUGUGCUUCUGCAACAUGAUUAUGCAAUGUUACAACACUGUUGCAGGAUCAGUAUGAAAGAACAAAAUUGCGUGAUGACAGUGAAAUGUCAUUACAGUCCUGUUGCCACCUAGCAUAUGAAAAAGGCUAUGAAUCACGAGUCUUUUCUUGAAAUCUUGAUUUGUUUGACUUUUUUCACUGCUGUUGAUCCCUCCUACUUGACGACCCAGAAAGUCACACUCCUGAAAAGCUUGUUAACCAUUUUGCAUUAAUAUAGCACGCAUUUAUGAGACUGAAGUUGAGAUAGGAAAAGUAUUUCUUUUUAAUCUGCUUACGUGUCUGACACCUUUCCCCAUUUGUACACGUGAAGGGAGAAGAACUCAGUUUUGGCGUCUCAGCGUCGUCUGGAGAGGAAACUAAAAGAGCUGAACAUGGCGCUUGAUGAGGAGAGGCAGACACACUCUGAGCAGAGGGACCAGGUAGACAUAUUCACCUUGUAUUACAUGUAAAUGAACACAGAAAUAUGUAAGUACAUUUGGACUGGAGAAGCAGGACUUCCAUAGAUACCUGCAAGUCCAAGACUAUUAUAAUAAAAAAAUUCAAGGAGGAGAAGGAAUACAAUUUAAUGUCCAUAUUUCAUGAGGCAUAUAAAAAGAAAGAUAAUAAAAAGACUUCAGUUGGAGAAAUGUUUGGAAUACUGGGAAAAAUGGACCGGGUAUGCACCUUGAAUAGUGUGACAUUUGGCUAUGAUUUAUGUGUGUGUAUAUAUGUAUUUAUGUGUAAAAGAAUAUUUCCAUUUCAACUGUAUCACCCAUGAUGACCUCAUGUUCCGUAAAUAAAUAAAAAGUAAAAAAAAAAAAUGUAAGUAUAAAUACACACUAACUUUUUCCACUGUUGCAGAUUUCUCUGAGGGUGAAGGCUCUAAAGAGGCAGGUGGAUGAAGGAGAGACCGAGCUGGAGAGGAUAGAUGGACUGAGGAGGAAAGCUCAGAGAGACAUGGAGGAACAGAUGGAGCUGAAAGAAGCCCUGCAGACCAGAGUCAUGGCUCUGGAGACUGAGCUCAAGUGAGCAUUUCCUUUUCUUUGUCUCUCAUUUUGUUACUCUCAGCGUGAGCUUUCUGCUGUUGGUUAUACAACACACUCUCAGGCAGCCGGAUUAGCACGAUGAAUGUGUGCGAGUGAGCACGAGAAAGGCACUAUUUUCACCUUUUUUAUCACAGAAUGAGUAAAUCUGACAGUAAAUGACGUCAGUAGCUGUGAAACCAGAUUCCUCAGCUGUUAGACACUUUUAGAGACACCUGGUAGAGACUCAGACACACUCCCUGAGGGGCAGCAUUUCCCAAUGUGAGGUGUGUAAAACAGAGCGACAAUCACCUGAGUGUGGAGGGGUAUUUCAUCAAACUAAAUCUGCACAUUUCUCAUGCACCACAGCGGAAAUGAGAUUCUGCCUGUAUGAGCAAGAAUAAACAUGUUGUUCCCAGGUAUUGACAGCAGGGGGAACACUGUGCUCACCAUGCAGCUCUGACUUUUGUCACUCCAACAACUGAGGAGCAGAAAAAGUUUGUUCAAACUGAAAUAAUUUUAAUGAAAGAAUUAACGAUGAGUUUAUGUCGCAGGAGGAAAACACAAGCGGCGAUGCGACCAGCUUUGGAUUCAUCAGCCCUCAGCUCAGACGACGACGACAGCCUGUACGAUUCUGCCACCAUCACCUCCAUCCUCACUGAGAGCAACCUCCAGACCAGCUCCUGUUAAAUAAAAAGCACUUCAGACACAGGGUACAGGUGGGAAGAUGAAGCAAUAAAAGAGUGAAUAAUUGCUCAGUCUCCACGUAGACUGACAGCAAAGCCAAAAGGCAGAAAAGUAUUUACUAAUACAGACUCUGAGGGACCUGGGAGGUAAAAGACACACUGCAGAGGAUGGCGAGACAAUGAGUUUUUCCACAUCACAGUGAAUGAAAGGAAGCGAAACAAUGUCUGCAUUUAGAGGAAUUUCCGACACAGAUUUUUGCUGAGGUACAGUAGAAAACAACAUCCUAGCAUUCAUGCAAUACACAAGCAAAAGCACUACAAGGGACCCCAAAAUACCAGAAAAACCCACAAGACAGAGCGAUGAAGCUGGGAGUACAGAAAACCACAAAUGUACCUUUCAUUUUACCUUUCAUACCUCUUAAACAGACCAGUUUCAGGGUUCAGAUUCUGGCUUUGACUCAAGACCUAAAAAUGUUAAACUCUUACCUGCUGGCAAAACACUCAUAAUAUAACCCACCUAUCAUGUUUUUUUACUGACACACAGCUUUUAACUGACUGAACUCACAAACCUGUCCCCUCCCUCUGCAUGCACUGACAGACUGGAGCACUACUGAAAACCCGGACCAAACUCGAGCACUGAUUGCUUCAUGAUUGCACAAGUGAUUGGAAGAUGAACUCUGAAUCUAUAGUUCUUAUGCUUUGCUACGCCUAACCAAAUGGAAUGGUUUGAAACUGAAAUUAUUUGCUUUGGGCAUUUAUUUACAUUAAAAGUAUUUGUUUAUGUGAAGAAUAUGUAUGUAUCUGCGCUAGGUCGGUUUGUAGUAGGAGUUAUUUUUUUUAAUCCUUUUUGUCACAUGGUACGACAGUUUGAGGAUACCUAAUGGUAAAAAAUAAAGCUAAAAUAUAACACUAAUAACAUUUAAGUUGUUUUCUGCACAAAAAGACACUGCGGUCAAUUGUAAUUUUGAAAGAAAGAGAGCACAUGUAAAUGUUUGGAUAUCUUUGCUAAUUCUUGAGGUCUUUAUUCACUGUAUCUGAAGCUGUCCCCUGCAGCAGCAGACUGGUGGUUUUGUGGUUUACUGCUUAAAAAACAGAGAAGUCCUUUGUUAGGAUAUAACAGGCCGUGUGAAUUUUUUUUUCCUGAGUUAAAAAAAAAAAGGCCAAAAUAACUUCCUGUCUGUUAUAAAACACUGUUUAUUUGUAGAUCUGCACAAUCUCUAUGCAUUCCCUCAUUUUGAGUUACUGUAAUAUUCUCAUUAUUUCUUUCGAUGCCUUAAAAAUGAUUUUGUAAUCGACUUGUUGCUGAUGAUUUUUGUAAAGUGUUUGUAUUUAACAUUUGUUGAAUAUUUUUGCUUAAUUUUUGUACAGAGUUUGAACAAUCAGAGCUAUCACUGUGUUUUUAAUGCUGAUCACUUUCUCGUCAGUGAAACUGGAAAAUGGUACUGAAUGAUUCUGAUUUGUUAGACUGCUGAGUGAAGAGUUCUUUUUCCACGUAUGUUGGUGUAAACAUGUUGACUGGAAAAAACACACUGUGACUGUAGGUUUGUUUUCUAUUCAAUAGAAAUUUAGACACAAUAAAACUGUUGAAUAAAACUCUUCAUGAUUACCACA